CUCUGCGUGUCGCGCUUCUGCUGCAGACUCGAGUGUUUUGUCGCGACUGUUUUAGAUAAAUAAUCAUGUCUCUGGAGGUGGAAUCCGCAGACGUGAUCCGUCUGAUUAUGCAGUACCUAAAAGAAAAUAAUCUGCAGCGGACUCUGGCCACGCUGCAGGAGGAGACCACCGUGUCCCUGAACACCGUGGACAGUAUAGAGAGCUUUGUGGCAGACAUAAACAGUGGCCACUGGGACACUGUCCUGCAAGCCAUCCAGUCCCUCAAGCUGCCAGAUAAGACCCUGAUAGACCUUUAUGAACAGGUGGUGUUAGAGCUGAUCGAGUUGAGAGAGUUGGGUGCGGCCCGUUCCCUCCUCAGGCAGACCGACCCCAUGAUCAUGCUGAAACAGACCCAGCCGGAGAGAUACAUCCACCUGGAGAACCUGCUGGCUCGCUCGUACUUUGAUCCCAGAGAGGCGUACCCAGACGGCAGCAGUAAAGAGAAGCGCCGUGCGGCCAUCGCCCAGGCCCUGGCGGGAGAGGUCAGUGUGGUGCCGCCCUCUCGUCUCAUGGCUCUGCUGGGACAGUCUCUGAAGUGGCAGCAGCAUCAGGGUCUCCUGCCGCCUGGUAUGACUAUCGAUUUGUUCAGAGGUAAAGCUGCCGUUAAAGAUGUGGAGGAGGAGCGCUUCCCCACCCAGCUCACCAGACACAUAAAGUUUGGACAGAAAUCUCACGUGGAGUGUUCCCGAUUCUCCCCUGAUGGUCAGUACCUGGUCACUGGCUCCGUGGACGGCUUCAUCGAGGUCUGGAACUUCACCACCGGCAAAAUCAGAAAGGAUCUGAAGUACCAGGCUCAGGAUAACUUCAUGAUGAUGGACGAUGCAGUGUUGUGUAUGGGCUUCAGCAGGGACACGGAGAUGUUGGCCACCGGAGCUCAGGACGGAAAAAUCAAGGUGUGGAAGAUCCAGAGCGGUCAGUGUCUGAGGAGGUUCGAGCGAGCCCACAGUAAAGGAGUAACAUGCAUCAGUUUCUGUAAAGACAGCAGCCAGCUCCUCAGUGCCUCCUUCGACCAGACAAUCAGAAUCCACGGAUUAAAGUCCGGUAAAACUCUCAAAGAGUUCCGCGGUCACUCCUCCUUCGUGAACGAGGCCACCUUCACUCCCGACGGUCACCACAUCAUCAGCGCGUCCUCGGACGGUACAGUGAAGAUGUGGAACAUGAAGACCACCGAGUGCACCAACACCUUCAAGCCUCUGGGCACGUCGGCCGGCACCGACAUCACCGUCAACAAUGUCAUCCAGCUGCCCAAGAACCCGGAGCACUUUGUGGUGUGUAACCGCUCCAACACGGUGGUCAUCAUGAACAUGCAGGGACAGAUCGUGAGGAGUUUCAGCUCCGGUAAGAGGGAAGGCGGUGACUUCGUGUGCUGCACUCUGUCGCCGCGUGGCGAGUGGAUUUACUGCGUGGGAGAAGACUUUGUGCUCUACUGCUUCAGCACCGUCACCGGCAAGCUGGAGAGAACGCUGACGGUCCACGAGAAGGAUGUGAUCGGCAUCGCCCACCACCCCCACCAGAACCUCAUCUGCACCUACAGCGAGGACGGCCUGCUGAAGCUCUGGAAGCCCUGAUGGGUUUGACCCAAAACGGAGACUGGACGCUCUCACGCGGCCGCCGCUCUCCUCGCUCUGCGCUCCGCUCUGCAAAGACUCCGUCAGAUCUCCGUGAACGCCGCACGCGUGUCGAUUUCAGAGGCACCAGAGAGUUUACAUGUUCAGCUGCGUGUUCAGUUUGAACAUGUGAUACAGCUGAAUAUCAUCAAAUGGCAGUUUGGGAUUUUGGAGUGGGGGUGCACGGAAGAGCCUUAUUUACUUGACCCUGUCUUCAGUUUGUCAACACGGAAAUUGUUAAAAAAAUGUUACAAAGUGAAAUAAUUUGCUUUACUUUGAUGAAUUUGUGAGGGUAGGCGUCCUGUUGUUUCAUUUGUAGGUAUAAUUUUGGGAAGCAGCUCUUCAAAUGUGAACUUGUUCAUCACACACAUGAAGAAAAGUGCUUCUAAAUUUGUCCAGAUUUUUAUUUUUUACUUGUAAUUUCAGUGUCAGGACAAAUAAAUAAGGUUCUGCCAUUUAACGUUUGAAGUUAGCGGACAUCCUGUGAUUUUCAGAGAGAGGAGGGCAGCCGUCAGAUGUAGAUACUAGACUCUUUUUGUGUUUUUUAAAUUCCACUUUUUUGUAAAUAUAUUUUUUAUUUGCUUUUUGUUUUUUUCCAAGAAGGCCUGGUUAAAUAGUUGUUUGUGUCUUUUUUCAUAAUUCUUCUUUAAUUCCAACUACAAUUGAAUGGCAUUAUUUCAAAUUGUUUUUUAUAUAUUUUGUACUCUGAAAUUAUUUCAUUUUUUCAACGUUGAGAAUGAAAUACCAUUUUUGGACAAAAUCAGAAUUUGAAAUGAGAAUAAUUGAGGUUCAGUAACUUGAUGUACAAAUGUCCAUUAAUACAUCUCGUUCAUGCCAUUAAAGCUAUUUAACCAGAACAGUGAAGAGAAGUGACGUAUGGUGUUGGAGAACUCAAAAUAUGGCAAAAAAUUUGUUUGGCUGACUUAAGAAAAUGAAAACAGUUUUUAAAAUGUCAUAAGAAACGAGACCAGCAGAUGUCACUGUACAGCCACGACUAAAUAUCCCGUACGGGGAUUUAAAACUUUAAAAAAUAAUCUGAAAAAGUAAAUUUCCGGCCCUUCAGGGUGCCUCUGUGUGAUAGGAAGAGGAGGAGAUGAAGAGUUGACUGAGUUUGAUCCCUGAAUAAACUCUGGUGGGACGGUUGUUGGUUCAGCAGCUCUGUGGAGACCAGUCUGUCAGAAACACUCCUGACAGGAUUUUGGCUAAGCCUUCAAAAUAAAAGCAUGGAUUUGUCACCUUUA